CAGACCCAAAGAAAAACAUGACAGUCACCUGACAGCGUGGUACCCAGCCAACCAGCUGUACAUAUUUUGAAGAUUUUAAGAACUUAACCUCCUGAACAGCCUUCUUCAAAAGUGAAAAGGGGCAGAGGCAACAGCUGAUGAAUAUCAAGAAAUUCCUUUACUACAAAAGGGCAGAGUUAACUAUAUGUGGAACCUGUGACAACACGUAAUGGGGAGAGACUUCUAAGCAAGGAGAAACGGAACAACAGGUCAUGAAAAUAUGGAGAACAAAUGGUUUUUGUCAAAGAUUCGGGAUGAAUUUAAAGGUGGAAAAAUUAAUGUAGAAAAAACUUACAGAUUACUUGAAAAAUUAGAUAUUCCGUGCAAUUAUAUUCAUGUGAAGUCUGUUUUCAAGGAUAAUGACAGGCUGAAGCAAGGAAGAAUCACCAUAGAAGAAUUUAGAUCAAUUUAUCGAAUUAUUGCACACAGAGAAGAAAUUAUUGAGAUUUUCAACACGUAUUCUGGAAACCAGAAAUUUCUUUUUGAAAAAAACCUGCUUCAAUUUUUGAUACAAGAACAGUAUGCGCUUGACAUGACCACAAAUAUUGCUUUUGAGAUCAUUCAAAAAUAUGAGCCUAUUGAAGAAGUUAAGAGAGCACACCAGAUGUCAUUUGAAGGUUUUAUAAGAUACAUGGGUUCACCUGAAUGUCAAAUACUUAAAACUGACUGUGGAAAAGUUUAUCAAGAUAUGAAUCAUCCAUUAAAUGAUUAUUUUAUUUCAAGUUCACAUAAUACAUACUUGGUAUCUGACCAGUUACUGGGACCAAGUGACCUUUGGGGAUAUGUAAGUGCCCUUGUGAAAGGAUGUCGUUGUCUGGAAAUUGACUGCUGGGAUGGAUCACGAAAUGAACCUGUUGUAUACCAUGGUUAUACACUCACCAGCAAGCUUCUGUUUAAAACUGUUAUCCAAUCGAUACAGAAAUAUGCAUUCAUAACGUCUGACUACCCAGUGGUGCUCUCUUUAGAGAACCACUGCUCCCCUUCCCAACAAGAAGUGAUGGCAGACAUUUUGCAGUCUGUUUUUGGAGAUGCCUUGCUUUCUGAUAUGCUUGAUGAUUUUCCAGACAAACUACCUUCACCAAAGGCAUUAAAAUUCAAAAUAUUAGUUAGAAACAAGAAAAUAGGAUCCUUAAGGGAAACCCGUGAAAGAAAAGGUUCUGAUAAGCAUGGUCAGGUAGAGGAAUAUGAAGAGAUAGAUCAAGAUGUGGACGAUGAAGUCAAAGAAUCAAAAGCAUUGGCUAUUUUAGAAGACGAUUCACAGAAGGAACCAGGGGCAAUUAUUGCAGCUGGAUUACCACUUUUCAGGAGAAGGAGGGUAAAAGUGGCUAUGGCCCUAUCUGAUCUUGUCAUUUAUACCAAAGCUGAGAAGUUCAUAAGCUUUCAGCAUUCAAGACUGUAUCAGCAAUUUAAUGAAAGUAAUUCUAUUGGGGAGUCAGAAGCCCGAAAACUUUCAAAGUUGAAAGGCCACGAGUUUAUUCUUCACACCAGCAAGUUCAUUACCAGAAUUUAUCCCAAAGCAACAAGAGCAGACUCCUCUAAUUUUAAUCCUCAAGAUUUUUGGAAUAUAGGUUGUCAAAUGGUGGCCUUAAAUUUCCAGACCCCUGGUCUGCCUAUGGAUCUUCAAAAUGGGAAAUUUUUGGAUAAUGGUUGUUCUGGAUAUAUCUUGAAACCACAUUUCCUAAGAGAUAUUAAAACAGAGUUUAAUCCAAAUGAAACACCAAAAGACAUUGAUCCAGUUACACUUACGAUAAGGCUCAUCAGUGGUAUCCAAUUACCUCCCAGUAACCAUUCAUCAUCUAACAAAGCUGACACAGUAGUGGUUCUAGAAAUUUUUGGUGUUCCAAAUGAUCAUGUGAAACGGCAGACUCGUGUAAUUAAAAGAAAUGCUUUUUGUCCAAGAUGGAAUGAAACAUUCACAUUCAUUAUUCAGGUGCCAGAAUUGGCUCUGAUACGUUUUGUUGUUGAAAAUCAAAGUUUAAUAACUGGAAAUGAAUUUCUUGGCCAAUAUACGUUACCAGUUCUAUGCAUGAACAAAGGUUACCGUCGUGUUCCUCUGUUUUCCAAAAUGGGUGAGAGUCUUGAGCCGGCUGCACUGUUUAUUUAUGUGUGGUACGUCAGAUAGCAACUAAUAGUACCUGGCAGAUCAUUGGCUGUACAUCGUAAUAAAACAGCCAAA